UCCGACAUUCACAAUCAGGACCGCUACCUACCCAUCGCCAACAUCAGUUGGAUCAUGAAGAAGGCGUCGCCUUCUAAUGGCAAGAUCCCUAAGGAUGCCAAGGACACCGUUCAGGAAUACGUCUCCGAGUUCAUCAGCUUUAUCACUAACGAGGUGAGUGAUAAGUGUCAGAAAGAGAAGAGGAAGACGAUCAAUGGUGAUGAUUUGCUUUGUGCAAUGGCUACUUUAGGGUUUGAAGAUUACAUUGCAUCGCUUAAAGUGUUCCUAGCUAGGUACCGGGAGUUGGAGGGUGACACGAAGGGAUCUGCUAGCGAAGGUGAUCGAUCCUCUAAAAGGGAUAUAGUUGUUGCUCAGAUUGAUCCAAAUGCACUGUUUGCUCAUCAACAGUCCUUCACACAAGGCAUGAACUAUUUGAAUUCCGAAGUGUGA